AUGUGCUGUCUUUUAGCUGCAUGGCUAAAUUUAUAUGCAGGUGUCAGCCGCAACACAGUUAAUGCUGUGUUAAAAGCCCUCAACUUAAUAGUGGUCACAAUGCUAAACCUCACUUAUGCUGCCCUUCAGGCAGCUGAUUAUGAGAUUGGAACACAAACCCCCAAAAUUGGCAUUCCUCUAGAUAUACGUACUGUAUAUGCAAGGCUUAACUUGGAUCCCAAAAUACACAGAUUAUUCUGCUGUCCUACAUGUUUCAAGAUGUAUCCUCUGGAUACUACAUUGAAAAAGUGCAACUAUCAAAAGUCAUCCAGAGCCAAGCCAUGCAAUACAGAUCUAUGGUCCUUUAGGCAUUCAAAAAAGGGAUACAAGAUACAGAUACCUCGAUGCUCAUAUACAACUACUUCCUUUGACUCCUGGCUUCAAUCUUUUCUCAAUAGGCCUUCAAUUGAGAAAUGUCUCUAUAAAACAUUUAUUAAAACCCAAAAUCCAGCUCCUCAGGAGAGAAUGUAUGAUAUUCAGGAUAGUCCAUUCUGGGAUAGUAUAAGGCAUAAUCUCAAUUCUCCACAUGAUUUGAUUUUCUCAGUGUAUGUGGACUGGUUUAACCCUCUUGGAAAUAAGCAAGCUGGGAAACAAAUUUCAUGUGGUGCAAUUGUUCUAUAUUGCCUCAAUCUUCCUUUGGAAAUUAGAUUUAGACCUGAGAAUAUCUUUGUAGUAGGAAUGAUGCCAGGUCCUCAUGGGCCUACUGUGGGCACCAUUCAUCAUAUACUCCAUCAUUAUUGUAACAGCAUUAUGGAGUUUGAUUUGCCAGGUAAAUCAAUGCCAAUUUCUAGUCAUCCAGGGGGUACAAGGGUUUCAGCAAGAGUGUACCCUAAUAUUGCAGAUCUUUUGGGAAGUAAAAAGUUUACUGGAUUUGGUUCUCCAAGUGCAACAUACUUCUGUACCUGGUGCACCCUCUCAAAGGAACAGGUGGAAAGCCUUGACUAUGAUUCCUGGCAGCUCAGAGAUGGGAACACAGUAAAAGCUCAAGCUCAGGCAUGGAAAAAUGCAGUUACUCUCUCUGAAAAAGAAAACCUUUUCAAGCAAAACAGCAUCAGGUGGAUUCCCCAGCAUGAUAUUCCAUAUUUUGAUCCAGUCCAGCAUGUUGUUCUUGGGAUGAUGCAUAAUACAUUAGAGGGGCAUCUUGAAUUUCACCUCCGUGAACUUUGGGGACUGGGGCGCACAGAAAAAAAAGAAAAACAGCUUACACAGGAAGAAACAGAAAGGGAUCGGGAUGAAGAGUUUUCUGUUGCUGAUACUGAGGAAAGUCUUUCUGAACUUGAAGAUUUGGAAGAGGAGUCAAGAGAAUGGCAGCAAAGUGUUACUGGUUCAGCAAAUGAUUUGAAUGAUUUCACUAUGGAUGAUGUAGAUGAUGACAAUAGUACUCCCACUGCAACUCCUGCUAGUCAUAUACAUGAAGAAGAUGAUUCUGAUGACCCAGAUUUCAAGGAUUUAGAUGUUGACACAUUAUUCAAACUUACACCCCAGCAGAUUGCUCAUAUCAGACAUUGCAUCAGUGAAAUUCUAUUGCCAACUUGGGUGGAAAGACCACCAAGAAAUCUAGGAGAAAAAUCUCAUGGAAAGCUCAAAGCACAUCAAUUGUUAAUCCUUUUCACAGUAAUAUUUCCAUUGAUAAUUCCUGAGCUUUGGGCAUUUGGGAAUGAGACUGAGAGGAAAUUGUUGGAAAAUUUUUGUGAUCUAGUUGCUGCUACCAAUAUUAUUGCAUCUUAUUCAGUAACCCCAACAGAAGCAGAUGGGAAAUACUUCAAGAGUUACAGGAAUUCUAUGAGAGAAUUAUUUCCCCAGUAUCACUCCUUACCUAAUCACCAUUAUGCAAUGCAUAAUCCUGAACAAUUAAAGUUUUGGGGUCCAUUAACUUGUUUGAGUGAGUUUCCAGGAGAAAGACUGAAUGGAGAGUUUGCCAAAAUUUCAACAAAUAAUCAUUUCAAUGAAAUGGAGUUGACCAUGGUCAGACAAUUUGGCAGAAAAGCCAAUCUCAAUGUCAUCCUGAAUGAAACCAAUUAUGAGGAUGAUGCUACAAGAGACCUUUUAGAGAUUUUAGCACCAGUUGAUGUGUAUGAAUUUGCCCAUGAUCCUGCAAUCAUGUCAAGCUAUGAAGUUGCACAAUUUUACAAGAAGUAUGAUGACUUCAAAAGAGAAGAAUACAAUACUCUUCUUCAUUAUUUGAACUCAACAGGCAAAGAAUACUAUACUGCAUAUCCUGAAAGCAUGCUCUACCAAUUGCUAUCUAUAUUACAACCAGUUGUCCGGCGUAUUAGAGAUUUCAAUUUUCAAGGGAAAACAUAUAGCAAUAUAGUGUCCCAUGAAGCAGGUAGUCACAUACAGUAUUAUAUACCUGGAGGAAAUGGGGAACACAUCACAGGAUGUAUUAUGGAAAUCUGGCAGCUUCCACUUGAACAAAAAUUGAGCACCUUUCUAUUAGUGAAGGAACAUUUACCACUUUCACCUAGUCAGAAAGUAAAAAGUCCUUAUGCUUGGGCACCCUGUUCAAUUCUUCAAAGUGAAUUAGUACAGAGAAAUCUUGCUAGCUAUACUUAUUUGAUUGAGCCACAUCAUAUUAUCUGUCAUCUGGCUGUAUAUAAAAGGCCAGCAGGUACAUAUGAUAUUCCACAGGAAACAAUGUCAAUUGUUUGGUCUCUGAACCGAGGACGUAGGAAAUAA